AACUGUUUUUUCUUCAUCCAUGGCUGUUUCUGGUUUCGAAGGAUUCGAAAAGAGACUUGAACUACACUUCUCUGGCGAUGAUCCAAUCAUCCGAAUGGGUGGUCUCCGUCAACUGGACUUCGAAUCAAUUGAAGAAAUACUAAAUGCAGUGCAAUGUACUGUAGUAUCAGCUGUUGGGAAUCAAUACUUUGAUUCUUACGUAUUAUCGGAAUCAAGCCUCUUUGUUUACUCAACUAAAAUUAUCAUUAAAACAUGUGGAACUACCCAGCUAUUGAAAUCAAUUCUUCCAUUGAUUCAAUUUACAUCCGAAUUGGGAUUCAUUAUGAGUGAAUGUAGGUAUACUCGAGGGAAUUUCAUUUUCCCCAAAGCUCAACCUUACCCACACACAAAUUUCAACGAUGAGAUAUUUUAUUUACAAGAACAAUUACCAAUUCAUCUUUGUUAUAGAAAAGCCUCUGUUAUGCCAUCAAAAUUCAUUUCUCAUUCAUGGCAUGUAUUCACUGCUUGUAACGAAGAACCUAACAACGAUCUCAUCACUAUUGAAGUUUGUAUGACAGAGCUUGAUCGGGUACUUGCUAGGAAGUUUAUUAAGCAUCCAAACAUGGCUUCAAAUGAAAUGACGGAAGUUACUGGAAUUUCGGAAAUUAACCCAAAUGCUUUGAUUUGUGAUUUUGUUUUUGAUCCUUGUGGAUAUUCCAUGAAUGGCAUUGAUGGAGAUCGUUAUUCUACGAUUCAUGUUACCCCUGAAGAUGGAUUUAGUUAUGCAAGUUAUGAAUGUGUUGGAUCAAUUUACGAUGAUCCCAAUGAUAUUAUUAACAUAUUGAAGAAAGUGGUGCAAGUUUUCCGGCCGGGAACUAUGUCGAUUUCGACUACGUCCACCAGCAAUGAGGUUUGGACGAGAAUUGCUAAAGCUGUUGAACCACUAGGGAUGAAAUGCCGGAGCUGCACAAUGGAUGAUUUUCCGUCAACCGGAAGUGUGGUGUUUCAGACUUUUACAUCUUGCCGGAAGUAGGUGGCGGAGCUGCGGC